CGGGAUUGGGGAGACUGUAACUGUGGGGCAGUCUCAGCAUGGGCUACCACAACGGCUCGGAGCUCCAAGACCUGGGCUGCUCCAGCCAACUGCUCCUACAGCCCCUCUGGGACUCCAUGAGGACCGGGGAGGCGUUCGCGCGCUCACCCUUUUUCCCGGUCGUCUUUUCCAUCAUCACUUACGUGGGCUUCUGCCUGCCAUUCGUGGUGCUAGACGUCCUGUGUCCCUGGGUGCCCAUGGUACGACGCUACAAGAUCCACCCCGACUUCUCGCCGUCCGCGAGGCAGCUGCUGCCCUGCCUGGGGCAGACACUCUACCAGCACCUGGUGUUCGUGUUCCCGGUGACGCUGCUACACUGGGCGCGCAGUCCCGCGCUCCUGCCGCCGGAGGCCCCGGAGUUCCUCCAGCUCCUGAGCCACGUCCUGAUCUGCCUGCUGCUCUUCGACACCGAGAUCUUCGCGUGGCACCUGCUGCACCAUAAGGUGCCCUGGCUGUACCGCGCUUUCCACAAGGUGCAUCACCAGAACGCGUCCUCCUUCGCGCUGGCCACGCAGUACAUGAGCAUCUGGGAGCUGUUUUCUCUGACCUUCUUCGACGUGCUGAACGUGGCGAUGCUGCAAUGUCACCCACUCACCAUCCUCACCUUUCACGUGGUUAACAUCUGGCUGUCGGUGGAGGACCACUCGGGCUACGACUUCCCGUGGUCCACUCACAGACUAGUGCCCUUUGGCUGGUACGGGGGCGUGGCUCACCACGAUCUGCAUCACUCCCAGUUUAACUGCAACUUUGCUCCUUAUUUCACACACUGGGACAAAAUGCUGGGCACCCUGCGUUCCGCGGACUCCCGAGAGCUGUGCACUUCACACUUGAACCAGGAAAAGAAAGAGACUUGAGGUUUUUUUUUUUUUUUUUUUUUUUUUUUUCAGAAGCAAGUAACUUAUUAGCCGUUGAACACUAGAAAAAUCUUAUGGGUUUCUGCAAUCCGCCACAGUAAUUUAUAUAAUGUUUGUAUAUCAAUUCGAUUGUAGUCUUGGUGUCAAAUUUCAACUCACUCCAAUGUCAUUGACUUCGGGCCACAAGCCAGACAAUCAGCAUGGUGUAUUGGACUCGUUAUAAUUUCUGGAAUGGUUUGUUUGUAGAACCAAGACUUUCCUGGGUCUGAAAUCACACUGAAACUGGGUACCUGAUUUCUGAUUCUUUAAAUAAUCAAACUUUUCCUGCUGGGCAGUGACCAAGGUUAUAGUAUUUUUUCUAGAUUUUGAAUGAAAUGAUAUAUUUAUAUUGAAAGAAUUUUAUUGUAUUUUAAAAAUAAAAAAGAACAAGAACUAAACAAGCAUUGGCUCCUGGUGCACCUGGUGGAUGAAAGCUAAAAAGGAAGGGAGUCUGGGCUGCUCAGUGUUCUUUGAAGCAUCCACCAGCCCUGCCAUGGAAAGAGGAAUCUGGUGGGUUCAAAAAAUCAUCUAAAGAUCUAGUCUCCAUUGUCUGCCAGAGGAGAUUCCUGGGGAAUGUCUUUAAGUCUUUCCAGUGAUUGGCAGUAUGCAGCUGAGGUACCUGGCAUCUGCUGACU